UGUUCACACUAAUUACCCAGCAUUCCUUUCGGCCUUUCUUUUCCUCCAUCUCUGUGGACAUAAGCAGGUGAACUCACCUGAAGAGGACGACGAUGCCUGGAAGACUGUGGAGUAAGGCCAUCUUCGCCGGCUACAAGCGCGGUCUGAGGAACCAGCGCGAGCACACGGCGCUGCUGAAGGUGGAGGGCUGCUACAGCCGCGACGAGGUGGACUUCUACCUGGGCAAACGCUGCGCCUACGUCUACAAGGCCAAGAAGAACACCGUGACGCCUGGUGGGAAGCCCAACAAGACCCGGGUGAUCUGGGGGAAAGUAACCCGGGCCCACGGGAACAGUGGGAUGGUCCGGGCCAAGUUCAGCAGCAACCUGCCAGCCAAGGCCAUCGGACACCGGAUCAGAGUGAUGCUGUAUCCGUCUCGGGUCUGAAGCGGAUCGAUGGUUCUGAUGUUUUUGUUUGUACAGAAAUAAACUGAUCGUGUCCAAA